AUGGAGGUGCCAAGGGUGGUACUUCCUGACAGCAUGGUUGGGAGUCCCCACGGGCAGAUCUUAUCCCAGUCGCUGGAGGCUGCCGCACAAUUCUUGUGCGAGACUGGCAGUGUCCAUGGCACGACCACGGCAGUUGGAGAGGUGACGAUCGUGAAGCUGACUGCGCAGACAGAACCGACAGUUCUAGAAUUUAACACAAGCGAAGACAGCUCGCCUAUCAAGGUGGUACUUCCACCGUCGUUGUUACAAGAUUUGCUUCAGGGUGGCAAUGCUAUGAUGGUGUUUACAGAGGUGACAGCCGAGCUGACCCCAGCCUUCACAUCACAGUGGACCACCGGCGAAACAGUCCUUCUGCAGUCCCGAGCAGUGGAGCUGUCCUUUGUCAACGAAAACGCUGGAGUCAUUACUCUUGUCAACGUUUCUGGGAGUGAAGGCAUCCUGUUCUCUUUUGCCUCCCGUCUUCCGCUUCGCGAUGAGAGGUGUGGAUUCUUCAACCCGGAUCUUGGUGCUUGGUCCGAGGAGGGAACAGAGCUCUUAGCACACUACGAGGUGGAUGGCGAGAGCUUCAACCGUUCGUGGUGCCGCACCACGCACACAUCCUUGUUUGCGCUCCUUCAGACGCUGCCUUUGGACCGGGCAAUCGAGGGAGGAGUGCUUAUCGAUGUAGAAGGCUACGCCACGGGCGCGGUUCUAUGUAUUGCUUUCGCUGCUCUUUGUUGCCUGCUGCUUUGCAUUGUGGUGCUCCGGCGAGUGCGGGCGCCUACCUCUGGGCACGUGCGAUUGGUAACAAAGAAGCAUGGGCGCGGUGGCCAUGAGAAGGUGCGUACGCUCUCCUUCGAGCUUCGCGAGCUACCUGUUGAGGUGGAUCCCGAAUUCGCUGAAGGCCGACCAGGCGCUGUCACACCAAAGAUCCACGUAAGGUGGGAGGAGGACCAAAGCAUCCUGGAAGAUCUGCACCACCUGCGGCGGGGGCGCCGUCAGGUUGUCAUGAACCUUAACAUCGGCUCACCGCACCGCAAGGUGAAACGGGUGGAUUCGGCUGGCUCAAACCGAGACCCUUCUUUGGACGCUCUGCAAAAUCUUCGGUUUGCUGCAGACUUGGAGAGAGAAGGUGAUGCUGUGGAUGGCAAGCGCACUGAGACCGACCUGAAGGAGCAGACUUGUGAGGCCGGCGAAGUUGUGGUUGCAAGUCUGGAUGACGCCCUCCAUCCAUUUGAAACUGAUGACGUCGUCUCCGUGGGCGUAGAUGACCUAUACUUCCUGGAGACCGACUCCGUUGUGUCUGCCGGGUUGGAUGGCUUUGUGCUGCACGUGCCUCCUUCUGAGGCUUAUUUGGCAGGUGACCAGGUCCUGUACUUUUCUUCUACCCUGGCGUGCAUGGUGCCGGCUAGAAUUGCGGGGCCAGGCGACUUCCCAAGCGAUGACCCAAACGAGUUGCCCUCCUAUGCCUGCCGCGUCGGAGUCCGAAACCAGCUAAGGGAGGCUGUGCCUAUGCGAGCGUUGCGGCCGCCCCUCGAGCCUGGAGAGUGCGUAGAGGUCUACUCAGAGAAGGCCUGGGCCCCUGCAGUGGUACAGACCACGCCCCCGGUACGCCGUCCGCCGCACCUGUGGACUUUCCGAGUCAGGCUGGAGGAAGAUCAGGGCCAGGAGCUGGAGGUGCCUCUCAACCUGCUUCGACGGCGCUUCGUAGCGGGCGCGCAGGUGGAAGCGUAUCUGGGUCGCGGAGCCGGCUGGGUCCCCGCAAAAGUCAGCCACACUGCAGUUGAAAUCCCACUUGCCUCCACAUGGUCACAGAGGUCGGAAGGUUCCAUGACAGCCGUUCCAUCCCUGUUGGACAUGGAUCAGCAACUUUCUAGCCUGGACACCAGAGUUCGGAUUUUCCUCGAGUCCUCCCAGCAAGAGGCGGAGCUACCAACCUCCCAGUUGCGAAGCUGUCAUCAGUCAAAGCUGUAG